AUGGCUACCGUCACUAUCGACUCAGAGCUCAUGACCAACUAUGUGUCGACAGUUCCUAUCCCCUCAGGAAGCCAUCAUGUCACUGUCCUCGAUGAGAACCGUAUGCCUAUGGUAUUCUGUCUAAGCAAUGAUAUCUCAGCACCCCGUCUCCAAAUCUUGCGUCGUGAUACACAAGGUCAUUCACAGCUAUUUGAUGUCCACCAACUCAUCGGUUUACCUGAAAAUGCUCAUGUUCAAACAUUCCAUGUUGAGCAGUCGUGGGAGUUGAAGCUUUAUCUAGCUGUUGCGUACGAAGAGAUUGGAGACAAUACGAAGUCGCUCCUUCACUUGGUCAGACCUUUCAACCCCGAGCGACUACGACCUGAUGGUGAGGCGCUAACGGUUAUCACUGGUAACACUCGUUUCGGCGCAAUCUUCAAGAUCUUGAUGGCCCCAAUCUCUGGAACCAACCCAAACACCAAGUUUCCAGACAUAUUCCUCAUACACAAUGAGCUAGACCAAACUAGUUCCUGGGGCAAAGAUAUAUCUCACAUCCAUGUUCAGGCCAAGUUCAAAGGCUGGUUUGCUACCCAACAACUUGAUACUCCAGAGCCCGCUGCCGAGAUCUUGGAUAUUGCACCCGCUUCUAGCGUGUACGGACAGGGGCUCUACGUUCUUUAUGUCGUCAAGGGCAUCACAAAGAUCUAUGCCCGAUACUUAAGGCCAGACCCGAAUGCUACUGACGGUGCUAUGUACACUUUUACAACUAAUGUUAGCUGUCCUAACGGUGCGCGGUGCAUUGCAUCAAUUCUAAAUAGCAGCAAUGGUCAUAGCUGUCUCUUGAUUGCUGCCCCGGAUGGUAUUAGAUAUCUGACUACUAUUGAAGCCACCGAGAAGGACAAGCCCGGAAAGCUUAUAUUCACCGAGUCGAUGUUCAAGAGCAUCAGACAGCUCGAGGUGUCGCAAGAUAACAACGACGUAUCCAUUUGGUUCAGAAACAACAAAGAUGAACUUGGUUACAUUCGCACCAAAGCUACCAGCGUGCAGAGUUCGGCGGUUUCCUCUCUUCUUUUACCCGCCGGUAUGUCUAGCGCGUUUUCAGCUGUGAUUACUGCACCUCACGCUCAAACUGGAAAUGUUGUCCGACAGGCGGUUGUUUCAAAUGACCGAUCUGGAAAUCUCAUGUUGAUUGAACAAUCACUUGAUGUUGGGCUCUGGAGAAAGACACCCUUUUAUAAGCCAUCUCCCAGUGAGCCAACGCCAUUGAAAAGUUACACCAUCACGAUCAAGGCCAAAGACAACCAAGGAAACAAUCUUUCCAAUGGAAGUCUUCGUUUGUCAGCAUCAUCUUCAAUCAGUAUCCUCCUGAACGGAAGAAACACUCUUCUCACCACCAUUCCAACAUGGCUUGAUUGCGACCAGUCUGGCAGUCUCGACUUCAUUAUUCCGACUGAGAGCCUUGGUUCACAAAAGUUGGUUAUUGAUCAAGCCCGGUCUGAGAGCGGCGAGGCUCUACUGCUUUCCAGAGAAGAAUACGACGCCUCAUCCAAACCCAUGAAGCUUUUAAGCCAGAAGCUCCAAGAAAUCAAGUCUGUCGGCCAAUUCCAGAGUUUGAAAACUCAAUCAGGUGGAGACCUGUUUGAUGGCGAUGUCAAGCAGAAUCAAGAUCUAAUGAAGGGUGCUCACAGUUGUCUUCAAACUGUUACAGCAGCCUAUGGCAAUAUGCAGUCCCAGUCAUCUACAACGAUAUCGACAACAUCGGCAACCACGAAUCUCGUGGUAAAAGCUCAAUCCUCGUCGGAUAGCUUUGGUGAUGCACUAAUGGACGGGUUUUUCUGGUUAAAAGAGAAAUUCGAGGAAGUUACGGAAUGGUUCAUUGAAACUGCUGGUACUAUUUGGAAGUUUGUAUGUAAGAUUGCGGGAGAAAUCAAGGAAUUCGUGCUUGAUUGCGUCGAGAAGAUCUGCGAGGCAGCCACAUGGAUCUGGGAAAAGGUCAAGGUGGGAUGGGAGAAACUAGUCGACUUUAUCGGCUUCAUCUUCAGCUGGGACGAUAUCUUGACUACCAAGGAUACCAUCUCGAGCACCAUAACCGCUGGUCUGGGAUACGCUGCAAUCAAGAUGGAUGACAUCUCAGCCAAGGUCGAUGGAUUUUUCACAGAUCUUGAAAAGACAGUUGAACAAUUUGGCGAAAGCAUCAAAUUGGACAAAAAGCUUGGUGGUGAUAAUGAUCCCAAGGAUAAAAAGGUUGCAGAAGCGCAGUCUUCAACUUCAACAACUUGGGCUUCGGAGAGAUUGAAGAAUGGAGGUGCUGGUACAAAUACCACUGUGGACUACAAAGGCGAUAAGAAAACAGAUAACGAAGCCACGACUUUCUGGGAGUCUUCAGUCGUACCAGAGAUCAACAAAUUAGAAGCCUCAAUGAGCAAGGUCGGUCAGGACAUAACAGCUCUUUUCCACAAAGACGGUGCCAUCGAUGGUCAAGACAUCAUCAAGGUAUCCAAAAGCCUAUUAAUCGCUGGCAUCCAAGCCGUCAAGGGUAUCAUCAUAAAGAUCCUCCAACUUGUCAAAACACUGUUUGCAAAGAUCUCUGACUUGGGCAAUGCCGCUAUUAACAUUCCUAUUUUCACUUGGCUGUACAAGAAAAUCACGAAGGGCCAUACAUUGACCCUAUUCGAUGCUAUUUCCCUCGUUAUUGCUAUUCCUACAACUAUCUUUGCGAAGCUGAUCACCGGAAAGGCACCACCUACUUUUGACAAGAUGGAUGGCAAUCUGAUGAAGAGCCUCAUCGAAGGUGGAGAUGUUGAUCAAAACAUCAUCAACGAUUGGAGUAUUUUCCGUGCAGAAGUCGUCGUUGGCAUUACCUUGACUUCAGCUGCUGUUGGCUUGAUCAAGCUGUUCUACAAGAUGGCUACUCAGGGAUUAGAUGGAGCUCUUGAUGAGUUGAAAACGGGGCCUUCCUCAUUUUUCGACAUUUUCGGUAUUGUAGUUGAUAUGAUCGGUUGUUUGAUGGCUAUACCGGAUCAGUUGGAUAUGCCCGGCGCUGAAUAUCGAAAUGCAAUCAGCGGAAUAUCCUGCUUCCGAGGAGUCUACCACACAGUGGCCUUUUUCAUCCCCAGCAAAGCAGCUUUCGAAAAGGUGGUAUUGGUCUUCGAUCUCUUGACAGUUCUCGCCAACCUCGGUCUUUCCAUUGCUGUUGGUAUUGAAGAAGCUAAAGCUGGAUCUUCGUGGAAAGAUUACGAUGAAGGCGCAAACGCGACGGGGUUCAUUACCUCCGGGUUGAAUGCCUUGGCUGGUAUUGCGUACUUCACUGCGUUCUUCUUCAAGCAGAAUCCUGAGAUCUCUGCUGUCGGUGCGGCUGUUAUGACUGGAACGAUGGCUGGAGGGGCUGUUCUUCAAGGGAUCGUUUUCAAGUUGCAGUACGACAGCACUAAGAGAGCUGCUUUGAACAGUCCUCCCCCAUUUUAA